AUGUCGAAUGUCUCCCAAGUCCGAGAUUUCUUGAAAGAAUGUAAUCUUACGGAUUAUUAUGAUAGAUUCAUUGCUGAAGGAUUUGAUCAACUACAAUCGCUGUUUGACGUGACCGAGGCUGACUUAAUUGCAAUGGAUGUCAAACGAGGGCAUCGCAGGCGAGAGAUUGCAACAGCCAAAGGGAUCUCUCCGGAUCAACCUAUUUUUAUUUCACCAGGUGAUCAAAGCGGAUUAAAUAGUAUUUCGAAUAACAUUCAUUUGAAAACUCCUCACACGCCCCUCACUGUUGAUAGCGCAACAUUGGAAUCUCCGCAAGAAGGAAGCAGGACACUUGAGGACGAUGAACCAUCAGAUCCUCAGCAUGUACAGGGAAGCAAAUGUACGAAACGAAAAUACAGGCGUCAUCCGAAACGCGACAAAAAUGCACCUGUCAAACCACUUUCGGCUUAUGUCAUGUUUGCACAUAAGGUUCGCGAAGAAUAUCGUGGGAAAAAUAUCCCUUUUACUGAAAUGGCAAAGAUAGUCGGCAACCGUUGGAAAAAAAUACCCCCAGAAGAAAAAAAGAUUAUAGAAUCUAACGCAUCAAAGGCCAAAGAAGAAUAUCAACUUGCCCUGUCUACGUAUAAAACCACUGAUAAUUGGAAGCAAUACCAAGAGUAUCUUAAAGAGUUUAAGGAAAAACAUAAUUCUAAUUUUCGAGUUCCCAGUGGUGCACAUAAAAGACAAAAACUAGGAAUUUCUCUAGAUGUAGAUACCACAACCUCAUCCGAAUACUCGAGCAACCAAUCUUCUAUCGGGUAUCAUGCCGACAAUGGAAGCGGAAAUUUAAGUAGUGGCAGUAGUAAUUCGAAUAGUAUCGAGAAUGACACUAAUCAUUCUCCUCGGCGUAAAAGUACACACCAUGGUUGUCUCACCCAUAAUUACUAUAAUCCUACGCCAUACAGUAGUGACUCGUCGGCCUCCAAUUCUUUCGUUGCUCCACCGUCAAGCGUCUCCCAGACGAAUAGCACUAUUUUAGAUAGUUUAUCUGCCAAGGAUAGUGGAGCCCAUAACUCCCAUGGAGAAAAAAAUAUUAGUUUCAGUGAGGAUUCAUCCUUCUCUCCAGAUAAUUUUUCUACUUUGAACUCUGCUCCUGCCGGUGAAAAUAGUGAAGCCGAUGAACUUCCUGUUAACCGGUGA